AUGGCGUUAACUUUGUAUGGUUGUGGCCACAAUGGCUUCUCACAGCUUGAUGGAUUCAAGUGUCUGAAAUUUAAUGAAUUGGGUCUAUGUACUUCUGACAAAUGUACGAGAAUCAAACCAGACAAGAGGACCAAAAUAGCCUUACCUGAACAACUUUUUCAGUUGAACGAAGGUUACAGUUUACACAAAUUGCUGAUUACCUGGGCAAGACUGGCUGCUACACUGAAAAGAGAUACAAACAGUUACACUUCAGUCAUAACUGGAUUCAUGAACAUGACAGCACAGGAAGCAGGCAGUUGUGGAGAAGCAUCCAUCUUGGAUGGCCAAGUUGUGAUGGCAUCAACUGAUACAGAUAUCCUUUUGGGAGGUUCUGAAGACACAAUACCAGACAAGAUCAUCCAUGAGAAGAGUACAGCAUCUCAAUCUAUAGCAGUUCUUCUUCCUAGCACAGCUGCCAGAGUGUCCUUAGUUUGUGGAGGACAUCAUCAUGUUUUUGCUGUGUAUGAUUCUGUAACAGUAGGAAAGUUACAUGUUUCAGAGGAUGAGUUUACUAAGAAUGAUGACGGAAAUACCAAAGAGAACACGGAAGAGACCCACUUUGACCUACACUCCAUUGAUUCAGGUGUAGAGGUCACAGAAAUUAGCUGUGGGAAGGAGCAUGUACUAAUCCUGGCUCAUGUAGGAACAGUGUUCAGUUAUGGACUUGGAAGCCGCGGACAGCUUGGUCAUUACAGUGUUGAGCCAGAGAUAUCUCCAAGGUUGUUAGCCUCAUUAGAAGGACUCCGAAUGAGAAGCAUUUGUGCUGGAGGUUGGCAUUCAGCUUCUGUUUCAGACUGUGGUGAUGUCUACAUGUGGGGCUGGAAUGAAAGUGGUCAGCUGGGUGUGCCAGCCCUGUCGAAAGCUGUGAGCAGUUCCCUGUCAGCUGAAGAUGAUGAAGAUCGUGUGGGAAUCCAGACUGAGCCUUUGUGUAUCACAUCAUUACCAGAUGAGCUGAACGUUGCUGCUGUUGCUUGUGGGUCAAGGCACAGUGUCAUUCUUAGUGAUACUGGAAGAGUGUUUUCUUGUGGCUGGAAUACAUACGGUCAGUUGGGUCUAGGGGACACGGAGAACAGAGACACAUUUACUGAAGUUGUCUCGUUCAGGGGUCUCUGUGUUGAAAUAUAUGCAGGACAGUGGAAUUCCUUUUUUCUUUGUAAUCCUAAUAAACAUGGUUCUUGA